AUGGCGAUCGUAACGGGAGAUCGAUACCUCGAGAAUCUCCAGACCUUCCUCGAAGAAAACGCCGAUUCGCUCAUCGACGCAGCCACCGAUGUCCUCAAACUCAACCCCGCGGGGCUUCACUACGUCCACCUCCGUCUCGAAUCUCUCCGCGAACUCGAGCGUAUGCUCUCCGGAGCUCCCGUUGACUAUCUCCGCGCCUACGUCUCCGAUAUCGGAGAUUACCGCGCCUUGGAGCAGCUACGACGUAUCCUCCGCUUGAUCCCUUCUCUCAAAGUCGUUUCGUCGCUUCCUUCGCCGGCUCGUGAUCCCACGCCGCUCUCUCUUCUUCCGUUUGCGAGGCUUAAGGUUUUGGAGCUGCGUGGGUGUGAUUUGUCUACUUCGUCUGCUAAGGGGUUGCUUGAACUUAGGCAUACCUUGGAGAAGUUGAUCUGCCACAAUUCCACUGAUGCAUUGCGGCAUGUGUUUGCCAGUAGAAUUGCGGAGAUAAAGGAUUCACCAUUGUGGAAUAAGCUGACUUUCGUUUCGUGCGCUUGUAACCGUCUCUUGCUCAUGGAUGAGUCGCUGCAACUUCUCCCAGCUGUUGAGUCGCUUGAUCUGAGUCGGAAUAAGUUUGCAAAGGUGGAUAAUCUUCGGAGGUGUUCCAAGUUGAAACACCUUGAUCUGGGUUUCAAUCAACUUAGAAAAAUCUCUCACUUGAGUGAGGUAUCUUGUCACCUUGUUAAACUUGUUUUGAGGAACAACGCUCUAACUACAUUGCGUGGGAUUGAGAGUUUGAAGUCACUUGAAGGCCUUGAUGUUUCCUUCAAUAUUAUUUCUGACUUUUCAGAAUUGGAAUUCCUUGGAAGUCUUUCAUUCUUAACCGACCUGUGGUUGGAAGGAAAUCCGCUUUGCUGUGCUCGAUGGUACAGGGCGAAUGUCCUCAGCUACGUUGCUCGUCCAAAUGAUUUAAAGCUAGAUGGCAAACAAAUUGGGAAUAGAGAAUUUUGGAAGAGGCAGGUUGUUGUUACUCGUAGGAAAAGUCAGCCUGCUAGCUAUGGGUUCUACUCUCCGGCUAGAGAGGAAGCUGAUGACGAAGGAAGCUUCAAUAGAAAAAAGGCGAAAAUCUACCGGCUGGCGUCUAUUGAUACUGAGGAAGAGAGCACUUAUGUGACUUCUGAUCAGGAAUCUGCUUCAUGUGAACUCGAGACUCAAAGCAAAGAGGAGAAUAUCAAGUCCGAUCACGAAGAUGAUAUCUUUGGUCUAAUAAGUAAAGUUGAAAAGUUGAAGAAAGAACGUUCGGUUCUCUGGCUGCGAGAGUUUAAGGAGUGGAUGGAUAAUCCGUCAGAGAAUUUUGUGGAUGCCAGAAAAGACGGCUGGAGUAUUGAUUCAGAGGAAAAGUACUACACAAAGAAUAGAAAAAAACCAAAGCAUCACAAUGAAGCAUUGAGAUAUCCACCAGGGCCUUUACCAGGUUUCCAAAUUACAGAUCUAAAUCAGAAGGAUCAAGCAUAUCUUCGUGAUGGGAAGCCAGAUGAAAAUGUAAACAUGUCAACUUUGGAUGCUACUCACUCAACAUAUAUGCAGUCACCCCCUCACUAUCAAAAGGAUGUCUUACACCGACGUCAUAACCUUGUUGAAGAAAUCUUGCAGCUAUCAGCAGAUUCUUAUUCAGUAGCAUCGUCUGAUAGCACGAGCAGCUGCAGUGAAAAUGAAAAUUAUGAUUCUGAGCAAUCAAAUCCUGAACAAGAUAUGUUGGUGGAUCAUCUUAAUGAGAAUAGCCCUGGCGAGGAGAUUCUGGGACCUGAAAAAGGCACAAGCUUGCUUGAUUCUCAACCAGAAAAAAGUAGCAUAAUAAAGACUUGGAGGAUAGAUGAAUCGUUCAAAGCAAAGACCAAUAAUAUUAUUUCCGGACUACAUAAUAGUGAGCUUGCUUCCGGUGUUAACCAUAUUUACCAUUGGUUUGACAAAAGGAAAGGCAAGAGGAAGCCUAAGAAAAGGGUUGUUUCCCUAUUUGUGGAUAAAACUGUCAUAAGUAGCGGAGAAACAUCUCAUAGAAGUGAUGCUGAUAUCAGUGAUUCUGGUGAUGAGGGGUGUGUUUCUGAUCAUUUGCAAGAAGGUUCAUUGACCAUGGGCUGUAAUGGUAAUAGAGCUACUAGAUUUUUGGAAGCUGAAAAAGCCCAUGAAGUAAUAGGUGGUUUAGUGGACGAGUAUUUUACAACAACACUGUCAGAUUCCAGCAUUGAUGAGACUUGUAGGAUUUACGUAAGUGGUGAUUGCAUACUACGGAAAGAAUCCACCCACACGCAACGGGAAGUAGUCUUGCUCCGGAGUAGCCAAGAGAAAUUCUGUGUGCUACUGGUGGAUGUUUCUACUGAUUCACAAGACAGAAAUUUAAGUUUAUUGUGUUCGCAUGCUAUCAAUGAUAUAGAAGAUGUCUCAGUUGGUCUAGGACUUCAAGUUGUGAGGCUACUCUUUAAGGAUGGCACAGAGUACAUUUUCAAAACAGGGAGCAUCGAAAAAACAACAGUUUUACUCAAUAUCACUAAAGUCUUGGAUUCUCAAGAUACUGAAUCUAAAUGUUCCUUGGGAAGUUUGGAGAAUAUUCAAAUAGAAAUGUUUGAGAAAGAAAUAUGUGGUGGUUUGAAGCUGAGUAUAUUCCAGUAUAGUGUUCUCCAGUUUCAGAGCAGCACUCUUGAAGAUGUGUCAUGGCUUCCACGGUCGCUAUUUGUGGUCGAUGGACAUCUUUUCAUAUGCAUUGAAGACUUCAGGCGGCUGAGUUCUCUGCCAACGGAUGCUGCUUCUUCAUAUUUCUCGCUUGACUCGAGCUGUUCCAUCUCCGACAUUUUUGAGAUGGCUAUUGAAUCUCGAGGUAGGCCAUGCUUGUCACUGAAGAUCAAGCAGAAGAAUUCCACAUUUAAAGCCAGACCAAACAGAACAGCGACUUCGGCAACAUGGAAGCUCAAAUUAUUCAGCAUCGAGUGUGUACUAAAAUUUGUGUCUCUAGUCAAAGGACUUCACCCGGAUUCACCAGAAUUCCCGUUGCUCGUAAGGCAUUUGGGUCAGAUAUGA